GCCUGAAGGUCGGCGGGUAGAGCCGGUUCUGGUCCAGUCAGGCGGUCCGCCAUGGAGCUGCACCGAGCAGCGCUGGUCACCCUGCUGCUGCUGACGCUCAUCUCCUCAGAGUGUUUGUGCCGGAACGAGGAGGAGCGUCUGAUCAACCACCUGUUCCUGGAGAAAGGAUACAACAAGGAGCUGCGACCCGUGAAGAAGCAGCAGGAGGUCGUGGACGUUUACCUGGCGCUGACGCUCUCCAACCUCAUCUCUCUGAAAGAAGUAGACGAGACGCUGCUGACAAACGUGUGGAUCGAUCACGCAUGGACCGACUACCGGCUGUCGUGGAACGCCAGCGAGUUCGACGGCAUCGAGAUGCUGCGCCUGCCGCCCAGCAUGGUGUGGCUGCCAGAGAUUGUCCUGGAAAACAAUAACGACGCCCAGUUCCAGGUUGCCUACUACAGCAACGUCCUGGUGGACCAGUCGGGUCUCUGCUACUGGCUGCCUCCCGCCAUCUUCCGCUCCUCCUGCUCCAUCAACGUCAACUAUUUCCCCUUCGACUGGCAGAACUGCACGCUCAAAUUCAGCUCCCUGACCUACAACGCCAAAGAGAUCAAGAUGCUGCUGAAGGAAGACGGGAACGGAACUCACCAGCACACCGUGGAGUGGAUCGUCAUCGACCCGGCCAGCUUCACAGAGAACGGCGAGUGGGAGAUCAUCCACCGGCCGGCCAAGAAAAACAUCUACAAGCACAUUCCCAUGGAGAGCAACAAGCACCAGGACAUCACCUUCUACCUGGUCAUCAAACGCAAGCCGCUCUUCUACAUCGUCAACAUCAUCAUCCCCUGUGUGCUCAUCUCCUUCCUGGCCUCGCUGGUCUACUACCUGCCUGCUGACAGUGGGGAGAAGAUGACGUUGUCCAUCUCCGUCCUUCUGGCUCAGUCUGUCUUCUUGCUGCUGAUUUCCCAGCGGCUGCCCGAGACGUCCAUGUCCGUCCCCCUCAUAGUCAAAUAUUUGAUGUUCAUCAUGGUUCUGGUGACCAUCGUGGUGUUGAACUGUGUCGUCGUUCUCAACCUGCACUUCAGGACGCCCAGCACACACGUCAUGUCUGAGUGGACCAAGAAGUUUUUCCUGGAGCGGCUGCCCCGGAUCCUCCACAUGUCCCACCCGGCGGACGACGAGCCGCCGUGGGACGGAGCGUUGCCACGGCGAUCCAGCUCGGUGGGAUACAUCGCUGCAGCGGAGGAAUAUUACAGCAUCAAGUCCCGCAGCGAGCUGAUGUUUGAGAGGCAGUCAGAGAGACACGGGCUGUCCAAACGGCCCACGCCCGCCUCAGUGUUGAAGCCGGUGGAAAGCGACGGAGCGAUGGAUCAGCUGUACGGAGAGAUCAAGCCGGCGGUGGACGGAGCGAACUACAUCGUCCAACACAUGCACAACAAGAACGACUACAACGAGGAGAAGGACAACUGGAGCGGCAUCGCCCGCACGGUGGACCGGCUCUGCCUCUUCCUCAUCACCCCGGUGAUGACCUUCGGCACCGUCAUCAUCUUCCUCAUGGGGAUCUGUAACCACCCGCCCCGCCUGCCCUUCCAGGGAGACCCUCACGACUACAGCGAGGACAACCCGCGCCUGCUGUGACCCGACCCGACACCCGGUUCCGGUUUCACUCAUUCUGAGUUUCUGAGGUUGAAGUGAAUAUUUUAUAUCUGGUUUCUGUACUUUGAGUUCAGUUUGUGUCUCCAAAACAUCAGUUUUAUUUAAAUUACCUAGAAAUAAUGCACAGCAAGAUCAGUUUUAUUUUUUAAUGAAUGCCAUCAUUUACUUUUGCAUUCACC